AUGCACGGCUACUGCCCUAUCCGAAUCGCCCGCCCGAGAUAUCCCUCCCAGGAACUUGACCAGGAUCAAAUCAGCACAUGCCUCCACGACUUGCGAGACAACAUCCACGCUAAACAGGUCGUACUCGGCAGCAUUCGUAAUGUGACGCGGUAUAGCCAGGGCGAUGCCCAGAAGCUGGCCGCCUUCAUCACACAGCUCAGAAACAGCAGCGUCGACGAGGCCAUCGUCCGACGAUUCGAACUAGAGCUAGAGAAGAUGGAAACAUUUGUCUAUCAACUGUUCUUUGAAGGAACCACGGCCCUGGUGCAUCAAAAUUCACUCACCGAGGGGCAGGCUUGUGAGUGUGCUAGGAAGGUCGCAUAA